AUGCCAGUCGUGGUGUUUUUCCAGGGCAAGAGGUCAAGAAAGACAGGGAAGAAGAGAGGGCCAGCUGGUCCAGACGCCUCCCAUCAAGUACGACGUCCGACAACAAGCCCGACUUUCACGGAGAUGGCAAAGCUGAUCGAUGAGAGUGCAAGCGUGCCCCGUGACCUUGUCGCUUCGAAGUAUCUUGGCCUGCCGCUCGCGGAGCAGAUCCAUGCUAGCAUUACGAAGAACGGGCAGCGACGGAGCACCAACAAGCCACAAGCGAAGAACGUACGAGACAAGCAAGACUGUCAGCGGUACAAAAGUCACAAAAAGCCGCAAAAGGAGGCAAACAAAGCGACGCGAGGCGGGGUGCGCCACUUGCUGCAGGCUUCGGUCUUGACACCACAUCGAGCGGCUACCUGCUUUGUCGUUUGGUUUCUGACGACGAGAGGAACAACUGGACGGGCAGGGCAAUGUCGACCGAAUGUGGAACGAACGACGCCAGGAGGUAUCGACGCAGAAAAAGGGGACACGCAGGCCGGAGACAAGACAAAGAAAGAAAGAAAGAAAGGCAAAGAGGGUCUGCUGUCCCAGCCACCGAUUGGUCCACGACGGUGGAUGGAGGACAAAGAGGAGAAGGAGGAAGAAGGAGGCAAAGGAGCAAAGAAAUGUAUCGCAGGACCACAGGAAGACCAAAGAGGAUCACAAAACAAAACCACACAGCAAGAUGGCCGUCUCGAGGUAGUCCCGCCCUCUGAGAAGACCCUUCGUGGUGGACUUUUGUGGGUUCAGUGUGAGUGGGUUACUGCAGUCGGGCGCUGUUGUUUUCUUCCUCUUUUUGCCCGUCUUUGUUGCUGCAGGACGGGCCAGAACUUGCACGGCUGUCGACGUAGCACGAGAUAG